CGCUGAAGCGGCUCAGGCCCCGCGGGCUCCCAGCGAUCUCUGCCCCGGCGUCUUCCUCCGUGGGGGGCGGGGAGCAGGGGGUUGGGCUCUUCGCCGGCCUCCGAGGUGAGAGCGGAGUGGCGCAGGCGAGGCGUGAGUGACAACCAGCUGGUCCAACAGGGGCGGUGAACUGAGAUUUCCCAGGCCAGAGCUUUCUCUCAGCAGGUUCUCUAGAGGAUUGUCUGCUCAGGGUUCAGAUGUUUGCCUUGACUCCAGAGGAGAGGAGAGUCUGGACCUGGUAAGCACAUUGGUCAGCUUGUGUUCUGGACCAUGGACUCCAUGAGAAUCCCCCUAAUGUGAAAAUGUCAAACACUAACAGGGAAUUAGUGACUGACUUUCUCUCCUACAAGCUAUCGCAGCGGGGAUACAGCUGGAGUCGGUUCGAGGGGGAGGAUGAGAUCAGGACUGAGUCUGCAGAAGAGGCUGAGAUGGCAAGCGUCCCUAAUGGGAGUCCAUCCUGGCACCCGGGUGCCAGCCACGUGGUGAAUGGGGCUGCCGGGCACAGUAACAGCCUUGAAGCCCAUGAAAGGGUUCCGGCAACUGGAGUGAGGCAGGCACUGAGAGAGGCAGGAGAUGAGUUUGAAUUGAGGUAUCGGAGGGCUUUCAGUGACCUCACUUCCCAGCUCCACAUCACCCCUGGCACGGCAUACCAGAGCUUUGAGCAGGUGGUGAAUGAACUCUUCCGGGACGGAGUGAACUGGGGGCGCAUUGUGGCUUUUUUCUCCUUUGGAGGAGCCCUGUGCGUGGAGAGUGUCGACAAGGAGAUGCAGGUGUUGGUUGGACGCAUCGUCUCAUGGAUGACCACUUACCUGACUGACCACCUAGAUCCCUGGAUCCAAGAGAAUGGCGGUUGGGAGCGGUUUGUGGAGCUCUACGGGAACGACGCUGCUGCCAAGAGCAGGAAAGGCCAGGAGCAUUUCAACAGGUGGCUUCUGACCGGGGCGACUCUGGCGGGAGUGCUCCUGCUGGGCUCUCUGCUGAGCCGCAAGUAACCGGCCCCUGACUCCUCCCCUGGGCCUGUGGCAAACGGCAAAAACCCGCCACACUAUACUCCAGAGCAACGCGAUCAUUCCGAGGGGCAGCGCCCCGCCCUCAGCCCGUCUCCAAGGGCGGGGACUCCUGCCCCACAGAUCUCUUGGGGCCUGCGUGCUGCCAGCUUCACUUACUGUUGGUUCUAAAAGCCCCUGAGCCCAAGGCAGCUGUUCUGACGGCUGCUGGGGCCCCAGCCCGUGCCCUAGGUCACCAAACAGCAGGGAUUGGGGUGGAAACGUGCUCCCCCGGGGGGCGAGGGGAGACGCACGUUUUGUGUGGGCGGGAGGGGAGGGGAGAUGUUUCGGGUAAGGCUCUAGGGGCAAGCACCGCCCCCUCCACACAGCCCCACCGUCAUUGCAGGCUUUGUGCAUAUCUAGCAAGAGCCCCCAGUGCUUAGAGGGGUGUUCUGGCCGGGGGCGUGGCAGGGAGGUGGGGAGAAAGGAGAAGUGGGCCUCUGGCAGACUGAACCAGGGAGAUCUGCUGUUCACCAUCAAUGCAGCUUCCCCUCCCGGGCGGUCUUGGUGAGGUCAGCUGGUGCUGCGAUUGUCUGGCUGUUGUGUGUGGCACCUGGAGCUGGUAGGAAGGGGUUAGGUGCAGCCAGGGCCCCGGGUCUGCCCUUAGCAGACCUCAAACCAUUUCUUCUAGUUAAGGGGUAGAGUUUACAGUAGGCGUCUCCCCAGCCCCGAAGGGCCUAAUCCUUCCCCUGUGCUGCAGGAGCCUCCUCCUGCAUGCGCCCGAAUCUGCUGUCCCAUUGGGUCUAGCUCCAGCGGCCAAGGCCCCGUCUCGACGCUGGCUGUGCCCAGCCCAGGGCACUCGGCUAGGGCUGUCCCCCCAGGCAUGGGCACAGUGGGAUCCUCGUGCUGUUCUCUCCCUAUGAAUGUAGGUUUCUGCAGUGAGUUACACUGUGCCGCCUCCUUCCCUUUUGCCCUAGGCUACCACUCUUCCCUACAUGCUGCGAGCACCCCACCCCGCACCCCACCGCUCCAAGCAGGUACCCCGCGGGCCUCGGCUCGGCUGCUCCAAGCAUGGGCCUGGGGCUGCAAAAUGCAGGAAAUAGCCGCUCGCUUCCCCACUCUGGGGACCAGGCAUGUCUGAGUUUGCUCUUCUUGCUUGGAGUCCCCUAGGUAAUGCCAGGUGGGGGACUCACGGACAGAGAAAAACACGGUGUCAGCAGCAGUGCCAGGGCAGGUGUUUACAUUUGGCUUCUAAUUGCUCCCUGCCUCUGUUAGCGGCGCUCUCUGGAGAGCCCGCGGUGGCUGCUGCCCAAGGAGCUUGCAGCAAGGGCAGAAGUAAACACUGCUCUGCUCAGGGCCUGGCAGGAGUGAAGUGGGGGUUGCCCCAGCAGUGAUGGAACUGCUUGCCCCGCCCCCUUCCUACGCACACCCUCUGGGGUAGCAGCAGAGUCUGUCUCUUUCCUCAUCGCUGGGCGGGAGGGCAGGGGGAGAGGCGAGUGCUGCCCCAGCGGGAACCAGCAGGAGCAGGGAGCUGUAGCAUCGUCGUCCCUGGGCCAGGGGCAAAGCAGGAGCCUGAACUCUCCGAGGGGAUGGAGGAGCCUGGAUGCUGGAACGGAGUGCGGCCGGAGGCAGCCCAGCUGGCAAGGGAGAGAAGGGGCUGGAGAUGGAGGAAGGCCCCUGCCCGCCUUCCUGAGAGUUCCACUUAGCUGAGUUCCAAGUCUGGCCACACGCUCUAGCAGUGCUCGGGAUUGCCUGAGUAGCAGCAGCAUUUGGGUUAAUACCGGCCCUGCCGCCGUUCCAUCUCCAGUGUGCGUUCACCUCCUCACAGGGCGUGGCAUCUCCUGCUCCUAGCACAGGGACCCGCCCUUCCCUCCCUCCACGUGCGGGGUGCGGGUCUGGGGAGGGCUGUCCUCUGUGCCGCUGGCAGCCCCGCACCUCCUGUUCUCUCCUGCAAGCUGCUGAGGAGGAGCUGGGCCCUGCUAGUGCCUGACUGGCGUUUCAUCCCCCUGAAGCAUUAACGUGACGCUGGCUUUGACACAUCCCCCGUCUCCUGGGAGCCCAGCGUCCGCGCCCGACAGGCCUAGCAGGUGUCUGCUCCUUGUACGGCUUCUCUGUGCUCUGCUGUAAAUACCCGAGAGUAGUUUUUAUUCAUUUGUGAAUAUUCUAAUACUAUUUUUGUUAACUGUAUGUCUGUAUUUAUGUGUGUUGACAGUGCUCCCCCAUCACCCUGCAGGGCAUCUGCUGUGCACUCUGCACAGGGCAGGCCCCAGGUCCCCCCAGGAGAACCGGGGCGAGAGAGCAGGUCCCCACAGACACUAAGAAGCCACCUUGCACUCUCAGCUCCUGACUCAGCCUCUCACGGUGCUGGCCGGGCAGUGUGGGGUUAGGCCCACCCAGUCCUUUGCGUGCGAAAGUCACUCCCGACACAGCUUGUGGCAGGCAUUUGAAAUGCUUUGAUUUGCAGGUGGAGGCUCAAUCCUAUUAAUAAACUCUGUUGUUGGA